UCCACGUAACGAUACAAUUAAAGCGAAACGGUGUCACUUAAUCACAGUGGUGAAUGAAAACGUAGCGUAUUACGUGCGAUAACCCUGGAAACGCAGCGUUUGGUCGCUGCAAAGUUGUAAAUGAUCAUUGGCACUGGUUUGCUGGAGCUGCUGUUGAAACAUUGUGUAUCCGCAGUGAAUUCACAUCACCUCGUCCUUUUUCACCUAUUACCACAGGUCGAGCAUGAGUGUGGGGUCGAAGGUCUGCUGUGAUGCGUGCUAUUGGCUGUAGGAUGAACCUUCCGGCACUGCUGAAUGGUCUGCUUGUGUCAGCGGUGGCAGCCUUGCUCUGGAAGUACGUUUGCCUGAUUGAACACACGUCACAGCUGGAAGAGGAGCUACAUCUCACAAGACAAUCACAGGAGUUCUCACAGGUGCGUAUCGACUACCACGGCGCCCUGUUAGCACUGCAAGAGCAUGGCACCAGAAUGGUCUGCACUGGCAAGUUGCACACCGACCGAAUUUGCCGCUUUGACUACCUCUGCUACUUCACGGAGGCGGAGGAAUUUGUGUUCUUCCACAGUAAUGCCUCUGUCAUGCUGCCCAACCUUGGCCCUCGACGUUUCCAGCCUGCCCUUCUAGACCUCUCCUCUGUGGAGGACCACAACACUCAGUACUUCAAUUUUCUGGAGCUCCCAGCAGCAGCUCUGAAGUUCAUGCCAAAGCCUGUGUUCGUGCCAGACGUCACUCUGAUUAUGAACCGCUUCAACCCUGAUAACCUCAUGCACAUCUUCCAUGAUGAUCUUCUUCCCAUUUACUACACCAUGCAGCAGUAUUCAGACUUGGAUGAUGAGGCCAGGCUUGUCUUCAUGGAGGGGUGGGGUGAGGGAGCUCACUUUGAUCUCUACCGCUUGAUGAGCAGUAAGCAACCACUACUCAAGGAGCAAUUGAAAGCCUUUGGCAAACUCAUGUGCUUCACAAAGUCCUAUGUGGGAUUGUCAAAGAUAACAACGUGGUACCAAUAUGGCUUUGUGCAACCGCAAGGACCCAAAGCCAACAUUCUGAUUUCAGGAAACGAGAUUCGUCAAUUUGCUUCAUUUUUGAUGGAGAGGCUUAACACCACGAGAAAGGAGAAGAUAGCGGACGAUGAGUACAUUGUAGUUUUUAAACGUACUACUAACAGGCUCAUCCUCAAUGAGGCAGAACUUAUUCUGGCUUUAGCCCAAGAGUUUCAGAUGAGGACUGUCACUGUGUCUUUGGAGGAGCAGUCAUUUGAUAGCAUUAUCCAAAUGAUUAGUGGGGCAUCUAUGUUGGUCAGCAUGCAUGGAGCCCAGAUGAUCACCUCCAUGUUCUUGCCCCGUGGUGCAGCUGUAGUCGAGCUCUUCCCAUUUGCAGUAAACCCGGAGCAGUACACGCCCUACAAAACCUUGGCCUCCUUACCUGGCAUGGACCUUCAGUACGUUGCAUGGGGGAAUUCUGUAGAAGAGAACACUCUUACAUUUCCUGAUCGCCCCUGGGACCAGGGUGGCAUCAUCCACUUGGAGAAAGAGGAACAAGAACGUAUCGUUGCCAGCAAGGAGGUGCCAAGACAUCUCUGUUGUCAUAAUCCAGAGUGGCUUUUUCGCAUUUACCAGGACACUACUGUGGACAUUCCCUCUUUUUUGGAUGUACUCAGAGAGUCUCUAAAAACCAAGCCUAAUCUCAAGAAGGCCAAAGUGGCUAGCACAGUACAUCCUGGUCCGGUCAGAGACUCCAAGUGCCAAACAUCAGUACAGGCCACCAGUGAAGCAAAGCUCUCAGUAUCAUGGCAGAUCCCUUGGAACCUGAAGUACCUGAAAGUUAAAGAGGUGAAAUAUGAGGUUUGGAUACAGGAGCAGGGAGAGAACACAUAUAUGCCUUACAUCCUUCCCCAUCAGAACUACACCUUUUCAGAGAACAUCAAACCCUUUACCACUUAUCUAGUAUGGGUGCGCUGUAUUUUUAAUAAGAACCUCCUUGGCCCAUUUGCAGAUGUUCUUAUAUGUAAAACCUGAUUCCGUAAUCAGAACUCAAAUGUUACACUGUUGUUAAUAUAGCCAGUGGAGAAAUAUGUGUAGGAUUAGUUUUCUUGAGCUAUCCUGAGGAUGAUAUUGUGUGACAUAAGUGAUUUUUCGACCUCUGUGUUUUUCACUUGAUUGUUCUUCACAGUCCUUAUGGAGAGUCAGAGAACUGAGUGAAAGUAAGAUAGUGGACUACAAUGAAGGUCAGAAGGGAAUGGAAUCUACAGAAAUGCCAAUCCAUUUAGAUUAAGAUCACCAACUAAGAAAAGUUCUCAAUGGCUUUAUUUAUUUAGAAAUAUAGUGUAUUAUGUAAUUUAUAUUUGUAUUUAUAAUUCCAAGACACUGAUUUUGGCUGACUUCUGACUCCUUUUGUUGACAGAAAUACUGCAAACUUUGACAUAUUUUCUGUGACUCAAUUGACUUGAACUGGAUUGUAUGUGACUGUGAGCAUAACCUCUACUUCUCAAGGUUUUGCAUUGGUUUGUUGGUGUUGUUUUUUAUUUAUAUAGGCCUACAAUAUUUGGAUUAGGAAAUAUAAUGUGAAGUAAUUGCAAGUUAUUCAGUACAAGAAAUAAUUCAUGUCAAUUUGUAGAUAUACAUACUGAUGGGCUGCAUAUAGAUAGUUUUAGUACUUUUUAAUACAACCAGCUGCAAAACCACUAAUAUUUAUUUAUCAGAUUAAAAGAGAAUAUUUAUAAUUAUUCACCUUUGAGGUAUUUCAUAUUCAUAAGUUUAAUAUAGUAGGUGUGCAUCACAUGUGUUGUAUUCAUUGAAUGUGUGAAUUCAGGAUAUCUAUGAUGAUUGGGGUGAAGUUGCUGAGAUAUUGUGUUUAGAAAUAAUUUUGGUGGCAUGUCAAUAAUGAGUCUAAUAUCUAUAUUGCAGACUGCUCUUGUGGAGGACCAUGCACCAAUUUAUAGCUAAAGAUACUGUCCAUGCCCUUUAUAUGUCUUAUCUGCACAAAGACAAGCUUUGUUUUGCAGUUUUAUGGAUUAUUAAAAUGGAAAAAAUGUACUUUAUCUCUGCAAAUUAUUUACUGAAGAAGUCUCUGGAAUGCUAUACAUACUGCAGCCAAGGGGUUUUGAUCUAAAUGGCCUCUCCGGUCAUCUGUAUUGAGGUUAUAGUUUCAGUCUGUCCUUCGCUUUCGGAACAUUCUACUUGAAAUGAAAAUCAGUUGAAUUGAUGCUUAAGUAGAUUAAACCAAGAACAUUUCUAAUUUAAAUUUGCAAACCUCAGCCAUGCUUUUUAUUAGCAUAAAACAACAUUUUGAUGGAAAUGUUAUUCAUGUUAAGUAUGCGCAUAAUAAAUUAAUAGCUUGUAAUACAAAAUAGCAUACUAAUUACUAUAGAGAGUAAUUAUCUAGCAUCAUAUUUGAAGUACUGUAUCAUACUUUCACUUUUAAGAAUAGGUUGAUCAUGGUUGUAAACUUUUCUGGUUUCACAGUCUCUCAUUUCAGUCAUUAGAAGUUAAACAUAGAAAGUUAAAGAUGUAUGUAGAAUUUGAGGCUGUAGUCUUUGUAAACUUUGUAAACUUUUCCUCUGCCAGUUGAUGAGAUUUGCCAUUACGUGCCACUGGAAUGUCAUAAAUCAUUUUUUAUCACUUUUUAAAUGUGCAAUUCCUCAGAUGUCUUUGUGUUGUCUUGCCGCAAUUCUUUACAAGACUUAAUGCUAACAACAUCAUUUAUCAUUAUUGUUAUUAUCUAAAGUUAACAAAUUCAAAUGUAUUUUCUUUUGUUUAUUUAAUGUCAUGUGAUUUGUUUGUUUUUUCUGAACAUUGCAGAAGUGCUGAGUUCCAUAUCUUGACUUGAUAGUCUUGUUAGCAACAUAUUACUCCAACGGUCAUGUUUAGAAAAA